AUGUUUCAGCGUCUGUUUCUUUCAAUCACGCGGUCACAUGCAGCGGUGAAAGAUAACCGACAACAAUUGAGCAACAAUGGCAAGCCUUACACCAAAACACCGCGUCAAGAAGAGCAACGGCGACCCUAUAUGCCGCCAUCAGCAAAGUCAGCAAACAGUGACACCAAAGCGUCCAGCAACGCCACUUUGGCCAGCUGCACAACUUCCGUGACUGAAAGCAGUGCAGAGGCGUCAACCGCGGAAACCUUUCCCGUUCCGCUGCCGCCGAUGGAAGGAGGUGAAGGAGAAGAAGAAGAGGAGGAAGAGAAGAGUUCACAGCAGCAGGGACUCCCAGACGAAAUCAAGAAUCGGAAGUAUUUGGACAAGCACGGGAAUCUGUUGGAAGUGGAGCUGCUCAAAGAUAUUGAGGAGUUCGGGCUCGAAGACCGCGACAUUGAUCUGAACAGCGACGGAAUCGCCCACUGGAGACUGGCUCCAUCACGCAUGCAUCAAGAAGCCGUCAGGGCAAUCGAUUACCGUGUCACCGUCUCCCAAGGCGAGGAGAACGACCGUCUCCGUACUGAUCAAGGGUUCUCUGUCCUUAUCAACCUUCGGGGUGUUGAGCGGGACCCUGAUUUGGCCGUUUGGGGAAAGGACCACAUAACAACAG